AUGAGGCUGAUGUGGAAGUCCGUGGACAAGAUGAGGUGUUUCAGGAAACGAUCCAUGUUCCCAUUCCUCGGCUUCCUCGUCACCUUUCUGCUCUUUUUCAACCUUUACAUGGACGAUGGAUUUGUGCUGGAGGCUGAAAAAAGACAGCUGGGAGAGACACUGAUGCAUCCUGCAAACUCUGAAAGAUACGUCCACACAUUCAGAGACUUAUCCAAUUUCUCUGGGACCAUUAAUGUGACGUACCGCUAUCUGGCAGGAAUUCCUUUGCCACGCAAAAAGUAUCUUACCAUCGGUUUGUCGUCUGUCAAAAGGAAAAAGGGAAACUAUCUUCUGGAGACGAUCAAAUCCAUCUUUGAUCAGUCCGGUUACGAGGAACUGAAAGAGAUCGUGGUUGUGGUCCACCUGGCAGACUUUGACCUGGUCUGGUGUGAGAACCUGGUACAGGAAAUCACUAGGAAGUUUGCUCACCACAUCAUAGCCGGACGCCUCCUGGUGAUCCACACUCCAGAGCAGUAUUACCCAUCUCUAGAUGGGUUGAAAAGGAACUACAACGACCCGGAAGACCGGGUCCGUUUCCGCUCUAAGCAGAACGUUGACUACGCUUUCCUCCUCAACUUCUGCACAAACCUCUCUCACUUCUACAUGAUGUUAGAGGACGAUGUGCGCUGCUCCAGGAACUUCCUGACAGCGCUGAAGAAGGUGAUCACCUCCAGAGAAGGUUCCUACUGGGUGAUGCUGGAGUUUUCCAAGCUGGGCUACAUCGGGAAGCUGUACCACUCCAGAGACCUGCCACGUCUGGCUCACUUCCUCCUCAUGUUCUACCAGGAAAUGCCGUGCGACUGGCUCCUCAUCCACUUCAGGGGUCUGCUGGCCCAGAAGGACGUGAUCCGCUUCAAGCCCUCACUUUUCCAGCACAUGGGCUACUACUCCUCAUACAAAGGAGCAGAGAACAAGCUGAAGGACGACGACUUUGAGGAAGACUCCAUAGACAUUCCUGACAACCCUCCUGCCAGCCUGUACACAAACAUCAACGUCUUUGAAAACUAUGACGCCGCCAAGGCUUACAGCAGCAUCGUCGAUGAGUAUUUCUGGGGGAAGCCUCCCUGCACCGGAGAUUUCUUUGUCAUAAUCUUCAACAAAUCAACCAAAAUCAGCAGGAUUAAAAUUGUUACGGGUACAGAGGAUCGGCAGAAUGACAUUCUCCACCACGGAGCCCUGGAAGUGGGACAGAAGUCUGUGGAAACUAAACAGGGGAGGCAGUGUACAUCCUACAUCACGUUAGGGGAGUUUAAAGGCGGAAGCAUCGAGGUUAACAACGUGGACCACAAGAUCGCCUUUGACAUCGAGUGCGUGCGGAUAGUCGUCACUGCCAGUCAGAGAGAAUGGCUCAUCAUAAGAACUAUCAGUUUAUGGACCGCACAGCCAGUGAGUCAGUUAAAGAAGUAA